AUGGCCAAGUCAAAGAACUCGUCUCAGCACAACCAGUCGAAGAAGGCGCACAAGAACGGCAUCAAGAAGCCUAAGACGCACCGCUACCCAUCGCUCAAGGGCACAGAUCCCAAGUUCCGACGCAACCACAGACACGCGCUGCACGGCACCAUGAGGGCCCUGAAAGAGGUGAAGGAGGGCAAGCGUGACGCCGCAUAA